UUUCUGCAUUUCUUGCCCUUCGGCUCUCCCUCGCUGUUUCAAGUCUCUCCAUCGAAGAACAGUCUCUCUCUGCCUCUCGGUCUCUCAAUCUGCUUCCUCUGUCACUUCUCCUCGGCUUCUUGUUCUGAUUCGUCUGCUUCCUCUUCGGCUGGUUCUUCAUUGACUGAUGUCUGCUGCGUCUUCUCUGCGUUAAUAAUAUGAAUCGGUCCUGUCCGGGCUAGUAUUGGGUUGCUGAUCCACACGGUUCGUGCUCCAACCACCCAGGAAGAGUUGCCUCCCCUGUUCGACACCCACAAGCCCGCCCCUUGUCUGUGAGCAACAACCACCUCGAUCACAUGCACGUGGGUGUCACCUUCGAACGCUGCCCAAAGCCUCUCCCUCUCCAAUCUCCGUUCAUUCCAUCCUUUGGCCACCACCCACGCCGGACCCUCUCGGUGAGCAGCAGAAUGCCAGACGCCACUAGGAUGCUCACUUUGUUUCUAUUCCUCUCCACCGUGGGUGUUGCCGCUCUCGCAUCUCGAGCCAAUCAACACUGACACACCACCAAGAGCAACCCGAACGCUCCUAGGCAGCACCACCUCAGUCUCAGAUUCAACAGAUUUACUGCAAUGAGUUCGUAUGCCUUUGAGGUGCCAGUUGAAGACCAGGAAUAUGAAGUAUGUGUGGGACUAGUUGAGCGUAGAGGAAUAAGUGCUUGAGGUGCACAAGUGGUUACCAAUUUUGAAUAAGUGCAAAAGGUUUCUGUCUCUGGUACUGAUGGAACUGGCAGUGAUGGACCCCUAUGCGGCCAGUGCUGGACCAAUUGAUAGUUCAGUACUCUAUGAUCAGGAGAAACAUGUUUCAUCAGCAGUUUGGGAAGGGCAGGAGCGUGGUGCACUUCGGUGUCACGAACACACUUCAAAACUUGAUCAGUGGACACUUACAGUAAAACAGAUCGAGUUGGUAGAGAAGGCUGGAUUUGGCUACUUGAGAUUGAUUCCAGCAGUUAGUCUAGACAACCCACUUAUCUCUGCACUAGUUGAGAGGUGGAGGAGAGAAACCAAUACCUUUCACUUGAAUGUCGGAGAAAUGACCGUAACCCUUAAAGAUGUUGCGCUUUUGCUUGGCCUUGCAAUUGAUGGAGAACCUGUAAUAGGCAUAACAUAUACCACAUGCAGCUCAGUUUGUGAGAAGUACCUUGGGAGAGCUCCAGAGUCCAUUUACACGAGUGGUGGAAUGGUGAAACUAAGUUGGUUGAAAGAGUUCUUUUCUCGAUGUCCUGAAGAUGCGCCAAUUGAAGUGAUUGAACAGCAUACACGUGCUUACCUUCUAUAUCUUGUAGGCAGCACAAUAUUUUCCACCACCACUGGGAAUAAAGUCCCUGUCAUGUAUCUUCAAUUGUUUGAGAAUUUUGAUCACUGUGGAAAUUAUGCGUGGGGAGCAGCAGCAUUGGGAUUCCUGUACAGGGCCCUUGGGAAUGCCUCUCUUAGAUCUCAAAGUACUAUCAGUGGCUGUUUGACACUACUACAGUGUUGGAGCUACUUCCACUUGAAUGUUGGGCGACCAAAGCUCAAUCACGAUCCGAUGCAUGAUUGCUUUCCAUUUGUACUUAGGUGGAAAGGAAAACAGACUGGCCCAACCGCAAACCGUGAUGUAGUAUUUUACCGUAAGGCCUUGGAUUCCUUAAAACCUUGUGAUGUGGAGUGGCUUCCUUACAGAAAUAUGGAUAGUAUGGUAAUUCCUGAAGAUAUUAAAAGUACUCUAAUUCUUGGGAGGUCCAAGACAAUGUUGAUAUGCUUUGACAAGGCAGAAAGACAUCUCCCAAAUCGAUGUCUAAGGCAAUAUGGCAUGCUUCAAUCAAUCCCAGAGGAUGUGCAGCGAUGGGAGAGAAAGAGUCGUGGUGUUGAUGGUGGGGUUGACUUGUCAGGGAAAAUGGAAUCAGAGCUUAACGAAUGGUUGGACCGAAGACUCCAUAUUGUGGAAGGUGAUGAUGUUGCAGACGAGAGCAUGUACAUGCAGUGGUAUCUGAGAAUUACUCGUAAAUUUGUAGGGAGGCCUAUUUCUCUUUCAUCCGAGUUCCAAAGAACAAAUGCUGGUUUGAGGGAUAUUGCACACAUAGCAGAUACAUUCUCGACAAAAGGUUUGGAUCCCCAACAAAUUGAAUCAAUUUCGAGGAUUAGGUAUAUUGCACAUGAGUGUCUUAGGGACCAAGUUGGAGGUCCAGCCAUGGUUUCAGUAAGCCCGGAAACUGAACUUGGGAAAAGGGUAAGAGGAAAGGAGAGGGUGAGAAGGAAGGCUAGUGGAAAACGGUUCCGGAAGGACGAUCAAGUGCAGUACAAUGAAGCUAGCGAUGAUGAUCAAUCUCAAUUUGGUGGUGCUGGCAUUGUGGGUGAUCAACUACAAUUUCACCAUGCCGGUAGAGAGGUGGAUCCUUUGCAGAUAUGUCCUAUACAUAGCGAAGAGAUGCCUUUGCAGAUAAUUCAUGCUGCAGAUGAGGGUGAGAAUGCACAGCUUUGCAAUGCAGAUACUGAGGUUCAACAUUUAGAGGUAGGUCAUACAGCUGGCAAGGAAGAAAAUGCAGAGAUGGGACAUGCAGUCUGUGAGGAAGAAAAUACAGAGCUAAGCCAUAGAGCUAGUAAGGAAGAGAAAGCAGAGAUAAACCAUGCAGCUGAUAAGGUUGAUGACAAACAGCUUACCAAAACACCCAAGGAGGUCGAUGACUCACAGCAUGCAUCAAAAGGGGUAAAUGGUUCUCAGCUUUCAGAUGCUAUUAAAGAGAUUGUUGAUUCACAACCUGAUAUAACUAACCAGGUUGUUGAAGAACAGUAUUCUGUUGCGACCAAUGAAGUAGGUGAUGCAACAGAUGAGGUUAUUGAAUCACAGCAUUCUUUUGCAACUAAUGAGGUUGGUGAUGCGACUAAGGAGGUUAUAGAACCAGGGCUUCCAGUUGCAACGAAUGAGGUAAAUGAUUCACAGCUUUUGCAUGAUAGUAGUGAGAGUGAUCCACAUACUGCUAAAGAAGAAUUAGAUGUUAUUCCACCAUCAUCUCUCGAAACUUGUGAUGAUAUUGCACAGAAGGGUACUUGUAGCGUUGUAGUAUAAAAUUAUGAACUUACCAUGUGAUUUUGUAGAGGUAUUUGUCUCAAUUACUCCAAUAGGUGUCUAUGAUAUAAUGUGCUCCUUAUUAAUACUCUCGUAACUUGGGCACUAUUGCCUUCUCAUCAAUCUAAGAUUCCAAAUUUUAUAAUGA